AUGGCAUCCAAGUCCUUUUCGGAAGAGGAUUUCUCCUGUCCUGUGUGCUACAAUAUCUACAAGGAUCCUGUUCUUCUGACCUGUACUCACAGCAUCUGUAACACCUGCCUGCAGAAGUUCUGGAAAGCCAAAGGAUCCAGGGAAUGUCCAGUCUGCAGGAGAAGGUGCUCAAAGGAGAUUUAUCCUCUCAACCUGGUUCUAAAAAACCUGUGUGAGACUUUCCAACAGAGAGAAGAGAAAAGUCAGAGGGAACUAUUCUGCAGAAUGCACCGUUCUGAACUCCUCAAGCUUUUCUGUGAAGAUGACAAACAGCUUGUGUGUUUGGUGUGUCGAGACUCAAAACUCCACAAGAACCACAACUUCAGUCCUGUCAGUGAAGCAGUACUUGAGCGUAAGGAAGAACUCAAGAUCAAACUACAGCCCUUACAGAAUAAGCUGGACAACUUUAAACAAGUUAAAACAACCAGUGAUGAAAUGGCCCAACACAUAAGUCAUGUGGUAUUACAGGUCCAGACCCAACACACAGAGAGGCAGAUCAAGGAGGAGUUUGAGAAGCUUCACCAGUUUCUACGAGAUGAAGAGGCAGCCAGGUUAGCUGCACUGAGGGAGGAAGAGGAGCAGAAGAGUCAGAUGAUGAAGGAGAAGAUUGAGAAGAUGAGCAGUGAGAUCUCAUCUCUUUCAGACACAAUCAGAGCCAUAGAGGAGGAGAUGGGAGCUGAUGACAUCACAUUCCUGCAGAACUACAAGAGCACAGUGGAGAGAGCCCAGUGCACACUGCAGGAUCAAGAGAGGGUUUCAGGAGCUCUGAUCAAUGUGGCAAAACACCUGGGUAACCUGAAGUUCAGAGUCUGGGAGAAGAUGAAGGAGAUUGUUCAAUACACUCCUGUGACUCUUGAUCCCAACACUGCACACCCACAACCCAUCCUGUCUGAGGAUCUGACCAGUGUGAGAUACAGUCCUGAGAGACAGCAGCUUCCUGAUAACCCAGAGAGAUUUGAUAAGGGUCACUUUGUCCUGGGCUCUGAGGGCUUUAACUCAGGGACUCACUGCUGGGAUGUGGAGGUUGGGGACAGUAAACUCUGGAUCCUGGGAGUGAAAACAGAGUCUAGUCAGAGGAAGGGAAUGAGUUAUUUACUUGGAGUCUGGUAUGUGUAUCAUUUUGCAUCCGAUGGUAUUGGAGCAUAUGAAGCACGCUCUCCACUCCUCCCAAACACUCGCCUCACAGUGAAGCAGAAACCCCAGAGGAUCAGAGUACAGCUGGACUGGGACAGAGGAAAGCUGUCAUUAUCUGACCCUGAUAAUAACACACACCUGCACACUUUCACAUACACUUUCACUGAGAGAGUGAUUCCCUUGUUUAGCACUUCCUUUAUGCUCAGAAUCUUACCAGUGAAGGCUGCAGUAACAGUAGAGCAGCUCAGUUAG